AAGUCCAAGCACCCCAAUCUCAUAAACCAAACAUCCAAACUAGACUAGGGUAACGAUGGAGCUCUCUCUCUGUCACACAAAAACUCACAACUUUUGCUCUUCUAUCCCCAUACACAAAACCAGAGACCCUUCAACUCUCAACCCUUCUUGGGGAUUGAGACUUAGGCCAUGGCAGAAUCAUGGGUUAAGCUUAAUGCAGCAAAGAUUGGAUCACAAGAAAUCAACAUCAGCAGUGGUGGUUCGAUGUGCAGACACCGGUUGUUCGUCGGGGCCGGUGAGCGAGAUAGAAGGAGAGCUGGAGGCGGAGAUUCGACCAGAAGACGGAGCAGAGGAGUGGCUGAGAGUAGGGAGGCUGAGAGAAAAGUGUGGAGACAGAGGAAUGGUGGAGCUGUUGGAAUGUUUGGAACGUGAAGCCAUCAUGGGAGAAGAUGAAGGCAAGGAACCCAAUGACUACAACAGAAGGGCUCAGAUCUUUUAUAAGAGUUCCAGAGUUUUCCAGGCUCUCAAGGAACGUAACCAGUCUUGAUAUUCAUGUCCAAUCUUCAUUACAAUGCAACGAUUGUAUUGAUAAAUUGUUAUUUAAGGAAUAAAAAAUGUUGUCUCUUCUUGCGGCAUAUUUCAA